UACCUCACUAGACUGUCCAUCCUCGUACAUAUAAAGAUGCUGUCCUUGUCACGUCGCCAGCUGUUCUCAAUACACAAAACAGAGACAUCGCCACAAACUGUCCGUGAUACUAUUCAAUCUUCAAUUGCUCGCUUGCUCUAAGCUCAAUUCUUCCCUCAUAUCCUACAAUGGCCGGAUACAAGAACAUCGUUCUCAUUGGUGCCAGCGGUGAUAUUGGCAAGAUCAUCCUUGAUGGCCUUGUUGCAUCUUUUAGCUUUAACAUUACCAUCUUGUCUCGCAAAGAGAGUAAGGCUAGCUUCCCUGCCGGUAUCACUGUCCGCAAGAGCGAUUUCUCAGAUGCCGACCUUGAGGCUGCCUUCAAUGGGCAAGACGCCAUCAUCUCGGCUGUCGGUGCCGCAGCAUUUGGUGAGCAGAAGAAGAUUGUCGAUGCUGCAGUUCGGUCUGGUGUUCAACGAUUCAUUCCCUCGGAGUUUUCCUCCAACAGCCAGAACGAGGCUGUCCUGAAAUUGGCUCCCUUCUUUGGCCAGAAGAAGGAGCUCAUCGAGUACUUGAAGACUAAGCAAUCCGAUGGCCUAUCGUGGACUGCCAUCGCCACUUCAGGAUUGCUCGAUUGGAGCCUUGGAAAUGGCUUCCUUGAAUUUGACGUCGCAACGCGUACUGCAACCAUCUGGGAUGGCGGUAACCAGAGCUUCACCCUUACCAAUGAGAAGCAGCUUGGCCAAGCAGUCGUUUCAGUGCUACAGCACCCCCAAGAGACCAGUAACAGGUACCUCUACAUCGCGUCUGUUGAAACCACCCAGAACGAGAUCCUGGCUGCAUUGGAAGAAGCAACAGGGGCUCAUUGGUCCGUGAAAGCAACCACCACCGAGGAGCAGGUAGGUAAAGGAUUCAUGAAACUCGGUGCUGGCGACUUCAGUGGUGCAUUCCACCUGGUCCGCGCCACCUGUUAUGGUAGUACCCCAGGCCUGCAGGCCAAUUAUGCCAAGGACCUGACCUUGGCCAACGAUGUGCUGGGGUUGAAGUUGGAAUCGGUUCGGGAAACUGUCCAGCGUAUCGUUGCACGGUAA